CCGGCUGCAAGGCAACAUCUUUGCCGUCGAGUCAUACCAGCCUCCGGUACUCCGCAUUUCCUCGCCGUCUACCCGGAGGCGCUGGAACACGGUUCCGUCCAGCACCCAUAAGCCGGCACGAUUCCCCCAACAACUCGCAAGCGGAAAGCCGCUGAGGCGACGAUAUCCUCUACUUCCACUGCCCCCAACAAGAGGAUACUCGCCUCAGCCGGCCCCGAGAUCGCACCGCCCACUCCAGUGACUACAGCGUCCAACGGCGAUAUGGACACCGACGACGACUUCAUGUCCAACGUCUCUAGUGAAGACGACAUGCACCCAGAUGACAGCGAUAAUGACAUAUCUGGCGACGAAGACUUUGGCUUCGACGAUGAACCGGACGUUUAUAUCGACUCCCCAAAAGAAAUCGGGCAUAAGAAGAAGGCCGCGUACGAUAUCAGCUUCAGGGUCUUUCAGCCAAGCGACAUCCAGAAACAACAAGACGAGCUUAUCGACGAGGUCAACAUGAUUCUGGAUAUCUCCAAAGCAGAGGCGGCCAUUCUCCUCCGCUACUUCAGGUGGAAUAAAGAGCGGUUGAUUGAGGACUAUAUGGACAGGCCAGGUCAAGUUCUCGAUGCUGCCGGCCUUGCCCAGUCAACGGCCGGGCCACCCAAGAUGAAGGUUGUUUCCGACUUUGUCUGCGACAUCUGCUGCGAGGAUGAGCCCGGGCUCGAGUCGUUUGCCCUCAAGUGCGGUCACAGGUAUUGCGUGGACUGCUAUCGCCACUAUCUAUCGCAGAAAAUCCAAGGAGAGGGCGAGGCAGCCCGCAUUCAAUGCCCCUCUGAAGGCUGCACAAUCAUCAUCGACGCCCGGUCGUUGGAUCUCCUCGUCACUCCGGAAUUGACCGAGCGAUACCAUGAGCUUCUCCAUCGAACUUAUGUGGAAGACAAGGAGGCGCUCAAGUGGUGCCCGGCCCCAGACUGCCAGAACGCCGUCGAGUGUGGGGUGAAAAAGAAGGACCUAGAUAAGGUGGUCCCCACCGUCUCCUGUCUCUGCACGCACCGGUUCUGCUUUGGUUGUAUAUUGAACGACCACCAGCCGGCGCCGUGCGAGUUGGUGAAGAAGUGGCUCAAGAAAUGCGCUGAUGACUCGGAGACGGCUAACUGGAUCUCCGCCAACACCAAGGAAUGCCCGAAGUGUAACAGCACAAUUGAGAAGAAUGGCGGCUGCAACCACAUGACUUGUCGCAAGUGCAAGCACGAGUUCUGCUGGAUGUGCAUGGGCCUUUGGUCCGAGCACGGCACGAGCUGGUACAAUUGCAACCGGUUCGAAGAAAAGAGCGGUUUGGACGCCAGGGAUGCGCAAGCUAAAUCCCGUGUGUCCCUGGAGCGGUAUUUGCACUACUACAACCGCUACGCCAACCACGAGCAAUCGGCCCGUCUGGACAAGGACAUCUACCACAAGACGGAGAAGAAAAUGGUCCAGCUGCAGAAGGAAUCGGGCAUGUCCUGGAUAGAGGUGCAGUACCUGAAUUCUGCCUCUCAGGCGCUGCAGACAUGCCGCCAAACCCUGAUGUGGACGUACGCCUUCGCCUUCUACCUCGCCCGCAACAACCUGACCGAGAUCUUCGAAGACAACCAAAAGGAUCUGGAAAUGGCUGUCGAGGCCCUCUCUGAGAUGUUCGAGAAGCCGAUCUCGGAGCUCGCGGACUCGAAGCUCAAGGUGGAGAUCAUGGACAAGACGUCGUACUGCAACAAGCGGAGGGUGAUUCUCCUGGAUGAUACUGCCCAAAAUCUGGCUGAAGGUAUGGUGAUGCGGACAAUCCUCUGUUUUUGGCGAUAAACGACUAACAAGUACUAGGACGAUGGACCUUUAACAUUGAGUUGACUGGCUCGAUGCCCAGCAGCGGAUCGAGCGCUCAGCGUUAAAGGAACUUUCGCCUCGGGCCUGGCAUCGCAGGAUUGUUCGCAAGGAUGCGCGCAAGAUGGCGAAGGCUUUUAUUUCCGAUAUUGGGGCGGCAAA